GAAUCUGAUAUCUUAGUUAAUUUCCUGAUUAUUUUGAUACGAUAUAUUCAUGUAAUUUGCUGAUAGCUAAUUUUUAUCUUUCAUAGUUAAUUAUUAUCUCCCACUUCGUCGUCAGGAUCUGCAUAAAUUCUCGAUGAUUCAGCGCGGUCGCGCACUUAGUAAUCUUAGAUAGACGAAUAAACAUUUUUCGAUUAAAUCCAUAUCAAUUGUGUUAAAUACGAGAAAUGGCAAAAAAAAGUUUAGUUCUUAUCUGUGCCUCUAUAAUUCUCUCGCAGCUCGUUAUUGUGAGUUGUAAUGAAGAAGAUAUAGAUUGGACUACUGUUCACGAUGAGUUAAGGAAAAUGGCUGGAGGUUUACGAAAAAAAUGUAUCGGUGAAACCGGUGCGACAAUCGAGAUGCUAGAUGGAGCAGAAUUAGGCGAAUUUCCGACUCAAGACAAAGUAUUGGGGUGUUACUUCAAAUGUGUAAUGGAAAAAGGGGGAGCGAUGAAGAAGGACGGCAAAAUAAACUACAAGAUUUUAUCCAAGUUGAUGCCGCCGGCAUACAAACAUAUUGGAAUGGAAAUGCUCGACCAGUGUCGUAAUAUAGAGGGUACUGACAAGUGCGUCAUAGCCAUAAACUUUAACAAAUGCAUGUACAACGCAAAUCCUGUGGUAUGUAUAUUGUGUAAUGAUUAAUAUCCCCGAUACAAUGAUUCUAAUGCAUCAUGUUAUACAUGUCUUAUUGCAUUUUUUCCAGGCGUACUUCGUUAUCUAAAUAUAGAGUAGGUAGAUGUGUAUAUUUGAGCUCGGCGCGCGCGCGCACGCAUAAUAUAUAUAUUUCACAAAAUAAAAUACUUUAAACAUUCAUCCUCUACUUUUUAAAUUAAAUCCUCUACUUCUCGUUCUUACGUUAAUUUAUAGAAUAAAAUAAAACGUAUAU